GAAAAGGGCCUUAUUUUCGUCACGUGGACGGGCGGCGUUCGCGGUUUUAUCAAGCCAUUGAACGAUGUGGCCGACAACCGCGGCGUGAAUUUAUCUGGACACAAUAACAACAACCGGCGUCAAUGUCGUCCAGCAGGUCGGAGUUUAGGAGGAGCCAGAUCUUCACGGCGGUCAGGACUCUGCGCGGGUCUUUGGACCCUCAAGAAAUAUGCGAGGCACUGACCUGCAUUCAAAGCGCUGUUGCCAGACCGGGAGCUGUCGACUCUCUUUCCGAGGGACAGUUGAAGGAAAUAUGCAAAUUAGUUCUCUCGGCUUUCACCAGCGGCAAGGAGAUUCUUUAUCCCGAGGCAAGCUGCACCCUGGCCGCCAUUCUUCGAUCGUGCAGAGAUCGGAAGCUCAAUUUAUUCAAUGAACUCAUGCGCGUCGACUUUGAGGCCAGGCUCAAAAUAUUCCAGCUCUUGGAAGGGCUUCAGGAUGAAGCAGUCAAGGCGUUAUCUUCUGAUAAACACAUUGUCGACUUUCUCAAGGAUUGCAUGAACUCUGUAACUGUCGAAAAGAUGGAUUGGAUCGCUCCAGACGCUUGUACUGAUAACAUAAAACCUCUGCAAAUUGUCGAGUAUACAACAUUGUCCACUGUGGAACAGGUAGAGGAAAAAAUUGUCGUCUGUGUACUGAAUUUGCUGUGUAGGCUUUACAAAUUGUCUACUUUCACCACUUACGAUGAAUGUGCAAAGUUCAGUGGUAUGUUUCUGGAUAAAGUGGCAACCUUGGCAUACAUGGGCCAUAAACGACAGCGAGGUCCGGCAAUACAAGUUCUCCAGGUUCCUAACAUGGGGAAUCGCAUACGCACUAGUUCACCUAGCGUAUGGCAGGACUACAAAACUAUGUUGCAGAACACUUAUUGUAAACGCAUGUCAAUUUUAGUUUCUGCCUGUGAACCUGACUGGUCUGUGCUAUGGACUACUAGCAUUCAGCUGCUGGGCACAGAACUUCAUCGUGGUGCUGGUCUCAUAAAUAACCUGCUCAGUGUCGAAGAGAAAGCGUUUAAAUCUGUGGAUACAGUUGUACGCAGGCAAGCUUUCUUAUCGUGGAACCUGAUAGUGGAUAACUUCGCCCUUGACGAACAGGAGCUUGCAACCGUCAGACGAGUUAAGCUACUCUGUAUACCCUUGAAUGCUAAGAACAGUAAAACUGAGUUGAUGACUUUGACAAAACUUACCGUUUGGUGGCAUCUUAUUUACAAGCUGUUUAAGCAUAUUGAAAAAUUUACAAGUCCAGUACUUACUCAGUUCCUCAACUUUUGUUUUGGUCCACUUGGUGACACGCCACUUUUGUCAUCGAAAUUCAACGUUAUUCCUUCACCUGGCAAGAGAUUUUGCAAAACUAAACUUGUCGCAAUUGACGCACUCUUGCAACUUCUGUCUGCAAAUGAGAAAGAUUUGGAAUUGACGAAAUCUUCGCUAGAAGAAAAACUUCCAUCGCCUGUCAGUACUGAAGUAUUUAAGCAAUGCUACAAACCGUUUGUACACUGCGUUGGUGAGGCAAUGCUUGCCUUGACUCAUAUGGAAUUAGAAACAAGAGGUGAAAUAAUCGCCAUUCUUUGGAAAACUCUACUUGCUCGAACUAAGGAUAUCGGAGAUGGAGCUGUACUGUCACAAAUACACAAAGAAAUUAUGUUGCUGUUCACGGCAUUGGGAGAGUCUAUUGAAACUAAGCCAAUCAUCAGGGAUACCAUGCUGGACAUUAUUGUACCGAGCCUCGAGUCUCUACCGGCUUAUACAUUUAAUUUUGACACGAUAGUCGAUCUCAUGACUAUUUUUCUAAAACCAUCAAUGCUAAGUAAAAUCGACAGGAAACACCAUGAUUUAAUCAAAUACCUCCUCUGGCGAGGAGUUCAACCGUCUGAUCAAAUACCUUACGUACCGAAUGCAUUCGAAGUGUUUAAGAAACUUGUUGAGCAACUUGAAACAGUAAAUACUAUUCCUGAAAAUUCAAAUGGUUUGUUUGUAUUAUGGUGUAUUCUCUGUGAGAUGGUAAUUAAAUACAUGAAUGAUGGAAAGGAAGUAAACGAAGGUGAUGCUGCGGCACACGACUUUACAACCAUUCAAACUUUGAUGAAGUUCCCGUUUACACGUCAUCUUGUAACUGAUGUAUGGAAUAUCAAGAAGAUCGCAGUUACGUGGAAAAAUCUUUACGGACAGUUCGAUCUUCAAGCUAAUCUAGUUUCUACAGUUAAGCCCAACGAAUUUGUAUCAUUUGCGAUUUCUAUGAUACAAGAUGGUAUUGAUUCAGAUGAACGAUGUGCAGGCUUUGCCGUAUCUUGCCUGGACGGAAUAUUGACAACAAUGAAUUACAAGCACGUGCUUGACACAAAUGGAUUCCUGCCCAUAGUCAGGCUUAUCAACAAUUUAUGCAUAAUCAACUUUCGUGUGAAAAAUUUCAAGGACGCCGAAACUGCGCUUAGAGAACUAUCAUCUGUAUUAAUAACGCUUUAUGGACAUGCGCCCAGCAAAGUAGCGACAUGCUUGGAAGCGGUACGGCCUGCACUUGAACACAUGCUUGGACCUUGCAAAGAAGAGAGUUUAGUGAAAGAGAUCGUGAGUACGUGGGAGACAAUCAUGAGCAUCUUCAAAGGGCUUGGUGCGAUCUUAUCGUCAACGAUGAUCGUAUCAUUUCAAAAAGCUUUCCAACUUGCCCUCCGUCACCAAGAAUCUGAAAUUGUGUCGCAGACACUUUCCUGUCUCGAUUUGGAGGAGUACAGGAACAAAACUUUGGUGAAAAAACUUGUAAAUGAUGCCAAAUCGGAGAAAGGUAAACACGAGUCUACUGGCUUAACACCAUCAGAAAGCGGAGAUAAGCAAACUACCAAACUCCCAAAACAGACCGGCAGCUUUCUCAACCGAAAAAUUCCCAGCCCAAAGCCUGUCACACCUGGCCCUGGGACAAGCCUCGCAUCUAAAGAUUCAUCAAAGUCUCCAUAUUUUCCUGACCCUGAUUCACAGGAAUACGUUGUCAUAAAAAAUGACUUUAAAUUCGAUGCCAAUCGGCUCACAGAGCACCAGAAGGAGUCGCUAUUGAGAAGGCGGGAGGACAUUCCAGCACUCUAUAACGAUCUUUCACAGUCCUGCUCUCAAGAUACACAAAAUAUCCAGGAAUGGUUUGACAAAAAGAAGAGCGAGGUGGUUAGCCGGAAUACAAUGUGUAGUUCCGAUAGCACCAACGCUCUUGGUACAGGUGAUAAGGAUACAAAUAUCGGAGAUGCAAAUAAAGAGAACAAACUUGAUCCAGACCCAAUAGUUGAUACCGUAAUCAGUGAGACUUCCGAUAAGGAGCAGGCGAAGGAAGAUGAAGGUGAAAAAAUUGAGAAUGGAAAGAAUAUAAAAACCGGGGAAAAUCCGUCGAUCUGUGAGAUAAUUUCGCCGAAUAUCGAGUCCGCUAAGGAUGCUGAGAUCAAUCUUUCUAUAGCAAAAAAAUUGAACUUUGAAUCGUUGACUGAAUUUCCCAAGGAGGAAACCUCUGAAACAAAAUCCGCCGAAACACCUUCCACUUUGCAAAAUCCAAGUACGUCUGAGGAAAAGUUGAACCAAGCUAAAGACGCCACUAAAAGAGGAGUGAAGCGGAAAGCUACAGGGUCGGACAGCGACAGCGAAGGAAACACCUUUGUUGGUAGAAAACUGAGAAAACAAGCUCUUCCAAUCGUCAGUGAUACCCAGAGCGAUUCUGAUAGCAUUCAAUCAACGGAGAGUGAGAAGGCCAAAAAGCCUUUGAGCAAGAGGACCAAAACUGAAAUGUCACGUCUCAGAAUAAACAUGGUAUUUGGAAAUGAUCAAUUUCUUAACCAUCCGGGUCGCAGGCGAUCUAAAGUAAAUUACGAGGAUGAGGGUGAGGCAAAGACGGAUGAAUGCGAGUCAUCCGAGACGUCCAAAACGACCAGACAUAGCAAAACCAUUCGCACCAAAUGCACGGUAAAGGAAACCAAACAUGAACCUGAGUCUCACUUGUCGAAUAAACGGAAGCUUAGAAAUUCGAAAAGUUUAGCACUUGAUGAAAUACCGAUAGAAAAGAAAUCCGUUGAAAAGAAAACGAUGGAAAAGAAUACAGUGGAGAAGAAAACGAUGGAAAAGAAAUCAGUGGAAAAGAAAUUGGAAAAAAAGUUGGUGGAUAGUCCUAGUUCUGAGGAGUCGACUAGCUCUACGUCUCAUAGAAAUACAACAAAAACAAAUUCAAGUGACAUUUCUAAAUCUAAAGAUAGCAAUGAGAUCCAGGAGGCGGUAAAAGAUCCGGAUCUUAAUACCAUGGAAAAUGAUUCUCAAGAGUUAGUCUCUCAGAAUUCUACCAGCGACUCAGAAGAAAUUGUUGAAAGUUCGCAAACAUCCUCUAGCAGCGGUUCGUCAAUGUUAGACAAAAAGUAUAGCAACAAGCAAUGUUUUAUUAGGAUCAACAAAAUGCAAAGCUUACAACCUGGCCAAACGAUCGAACUUGAUGUUGGAAAUGAAAAAACUAAGAUCAUAAAGGGUCCCGAACCUGACAGCCCGUUCAAAGUAUGCACAUCUGAAGCAACCGAGGUUUCACCGAGAGAAGUAUGUUCAUCUGUUAGCGAGAAUAACAUCAAGGAAGAUAAGAUGGAGGAGGAGAAGGAAAAGAAAGAGAAGACUGCUGUGCAAAAUAUUAAGGAAAUUGACAAUACGACUACUCCAGACGUAAUAGUACUCACUGAACCUGUUGUGACAGCUGAGUCGAAAACUACGUCGCCAGAAAUGAGACCAUCUCUGACGACUGACGUUUCCUCGUCACCGAUCAGGCUUCCUAGCUCGCUGUUAAGCUCAUGCUCACCAAAAAACAGUCUGAAACGAUAUGCUAAACUAAGAACAGCUACACCACAGGGACGUACAGCUCACAUGCUGGGCCUUGUAACUAAACAAGCCUUAGCAGAGACAAAGUCCGGUGUCUCGCUGGAUGAAGAUCUUGCUUCGAGUUCUAAAAAGGCCAAGGAAAAUGAAGAGGAGUCAACCUCAGGGAAGAAAGAUCGGCUCCUUGUUCUCAAGGAACCGGAACGACUUGGAAGUCCAUCUGGUAGCAGACAGGAAAAAAUAUUUAAUAAGAUGAAAACUGCUCCGGAUAAAGACACGUUGCCACAAACCAUGGCGAAUCAUUUUGGUAACUUGAGAAAUGACGGGGAGAAAUCGUCGCUGAUAAAGAUAAUGGACAUGGAACAUACUAGUACAGAUAGUACACCGAUUGAUCAGACCGGUGAGAUGAACAGAGAAAAGACUGACGAAGACAACAAUGCCUUGCCUGCUCAAGACAGAGAGGCACUUCCUAUGCUGGAGUGGUCCAGUGCCAAUCCACCAUCCCUAACUGCCUCCCCAUCGGCCAGCAUUCUCAAACGACAGCGGGUGCUACAGAUUGAAAAUGAUGCCGAAAGUCCGACUCUUGCGUCCAAGAGAAAACGAGUCAGUUUUGCCGAUCCUCCAGUAUCCAAAGAAAUGGGGUAUGAGAUAACGACCUCAACAUCGCCGCAUCGUAUGAGCAAAGUUUCCUCAGCAUUGCGUAUUUUCGUUCCGCGCAAGGAUUCGCCUGUACGCCAAAAGCAGCAGACAAAGAUUAGGACCUUUCAAAGUUCUGGAAAGUCUGAUAAAGAACAGGAGAUGGAAAUUGAUAAAUCUUUAAAUGCAACCGAUUCCCAGGUCGUCGAUGGGACAUUAAAUGCGAGCAAGUGUAGUUCGAAAAUGGAGAUUGACUCUAAUAGACUCACAGUAACAUCUCAGGAAACCCAAAACCAGACUUCAGAUACCGUCAACAAUAGUAACAAUCAGAUUUCACUACCACAGCGCGGAAACGAUUCCGCAAAAGUGACUCUUGAUAACUUGACAAUGGAAAUAGAAAUAGCGGCCGUAUCGCCAAACUCGAAAUUCAAAAGUAAAGAUGACAAAGAUGUAAUGGAACAAGAUGUGAAAGUAUUGGAGAAACAAAGUAUCGAGGAGACUGAAACCCAGCAGGACAUAUUUGAGAUUGUCAAUACUGCCCCAGUCAUCGACAAGUGUAAUAGUUUGCCAAAAAGUAGCAAAAAGACGAGCCCCACACUGGGGAAGGAGACUUCACAAGACGACAGCAGUCUGAUAUGUACGGAAAUUAACGUACCAUUGAAUCCCACAGCGGAGGAAAGUUUGACGAGAAAAGAAAGCUUGUGCACAGAUGACCUCGAGGAUACAGUUGACAUACAAAAUGUCACAGGGCUUAAUUCUACUACUAAUUCCGAGGAAUUGUUCUGCCGGAAACCUGUCAGGACCAGCACGCAAGCAAAUGAUGCCGGACAAUCAGCUGAAUUUGAUACUCUUCCCGUGACAGAUUCAGUUUUUUCCAAUUUACCAUUCAGCCAGAACAGCCAAGCUACUAACGACACUAUGGAACUUGACGAGCCAGAAUUGCUGGAUUCUAGAUCUCCCAUAUUCCCCACGUUGAUAGAGUCUGGUGAACCAAUCAAUUCUAUUGUAGGAUACCUUGCUGAUCCUUUGUGGAAGUCGCAUCUGUCUAACUACUUUCAAACAAAGGGCAUUGAAACAGUGGGAAAUCUUGCUCAGCUAAGCGAGCGUGAAGUUAAUUGGAUACCGGUGAAACGGAGCCCUAAGGUUCCCUUUGUUAAGAGUGUAUUACACCAUUUCGAAAAGUCAGCUGUUGUCGGCUUGCCAUCUCUUGGAACUAUGGACAACACAUCCCAGUCGUCGGUCGGCAUAACCCCUACUGCAUCUCCUGACUUGUCACUGACUAGCUCUACGCCUAUCGCUCAGUCUUCCUCCCUCUGUGCACCCCUGGGUAAACCGAAAAUUAGAAAUGCAAUGAAUGAUCGUGUAGUAUGUUCCGAGAAACUGACUAAAUCUACAGAGACUCAAGUUUCGAUUGAGGAACUUCUGGACGAGGUUGACGCUUCGGUCACGCUUAAAAGUGCGAUAAAAAGAUGCUCGGCCGAAAAUAUUCUCGCUAAUUAUAAGUUAAAGAUGAAAAACAUGGCUGAAGAAGACCUUGAACGUGAAACUAUAAAAAUGCUUGGAAUACAGCUGAAGACUAGCGCUGAUGCGCAUUUGAAAACUGCAUGUCGAGCCUCAGGAUUGGAAAAAGUCCUGGGUAGACUGCCGGACAUUUUCAGUCAUGACAAAAAUUUCUUUACGAAAGUCUUGGGAGCGUAUCGUCGUAAACUUCAAGUUGCAGACUGCAUGCGGGCAUUGGACUUUGAGGAAAUCAAAACGGCUAUCAACAAGCGUUGCACGUCGUCGGAUCUUGCGGAAUUGUUAUCAAGGAAACUCAAGGAAGAGGCAGAUGCUGGCAUAACUACACCAAUGACUGAAUUGUCCAGUCUUCAAGCGAUGCUGAAACGCAUGCCCAAAGAUUUGAUCAUCAGUCACACAGUCGCCAAUGAGGAACUCAUCUCCCCACUCAUUGUAUUAGACAUUGCCCUACAGAACAACAGCUCUGCUGACAUAUGUUCGGCUCUAGAAGGACAGCCAAGCACUGUACGAAAUCGUAUUUUCAGUGAGCUAUGCACUAUUCAGGCCUUGACAACACAUAUAGAAGAGAAAAAAUUAUCCGAUGACGCACUAACAGAGUUGUUGAAAGUGGUGGGAAAAAAUUUAGAUACUACAAAACUCCUUGACGUGUUCAAUGAGACCUUGAAAGAGAAAUUCACCCAACUAAAAGCGCCGUCAAAUACGUAGGUCUUACGUUGCCCCCUUGUACUUUUGAAACUUUUUUUCCUGUUUCGUUUAUUGACUCGUAGAUAUUAGGAAUGUUUUCACUUUAAAGUCAAAUGUUAUUUUCCUUAAAUAGCUUAUUUCUUUCUUGAGUUUAUGAAUUUUGAUACCACGCUGAUUGCAGUACUUGGUUUACAGUAAUUUACUGACGAUAAAUAUCGGUAUUCACCUAGCAGUAGGACUUGUGUUCCCUAAAUAUAAAAAUGCUGCGUUGUAAAUAUGAAUAGUCUGUAAUAAUUAACGAUUAUUUCAAUACUGAUUGUGCUGACUCAAUUAUUUGAAUAAUCUAAUAUCUUAUGUUGUAGGACUAGGUACUUUAUUUAUGUAGUUACUUUUAAAUGCUUGAAAGAACGAAGGAAAAAAUGAUUACAACCAAAUACAGGAGUUUGAAGUAUUAUCAUUAUCAUUUUCAUUCUUAUUUAUACAA